UUGGCCAAGUACUUUUUCUCAUGCAAAAAGGGGGUCUGCUCGUCAUCUAAGAACGUCUGCCGAAAGUUUCUAUUUCAGGUCAUUUGCGUAUAUGCAGGAAGUGGUUUACCUAACACCCGCAUCACCUGUUGGGAAUGUUCAUCAACUGUGUGCUCAGUUUUUGGAUUACGUGUGCACAUGAUUGCAAAACACGGGAUCUUUAUCAAGGCUGAGGAUGAAUCUACCACAGAACCUACCUCAAAAGGAGAAGACUUGGAGCUUUUCACGGCCACAACGAGAGCAAUCAACAAGCUUAUUGGCCUCACCGAAAAUGGAUGUCUUCCCGUCAACCUGGAAGAGAGAAAAAAAGAGGCUCUCAGAGCUAAGAUGAAGUUGAAUCAGCUAUUCCUGAGGAAUCUCCGCCUUCUGUACAAAUCAUCGAGCCACAAGCUGAGCUUUAUCAACCAAGGCAACAAUCUGCCAAUCAUGACAAUCAGCCAGCAGUCACGGCUUUGGACAGAGUUGAGUCGCUUGUGA